GCGGUGAUCAAUAAUUGACAGGGAUCGGGGGCAGCCAGGACGGUGUCCCCUUUCCAGGCUGGGCACGGGAAUAUGGAGCGUGGGACCCGUGGGGUGCCACGGCCAACACCAGUGGGAUGGGUGGUUACUGGGAUGACGGUCACCAGCAUAGAGGUGGACACCGAGAUGCUGCCGGACACUGGGAUGGGCAGGUACAAGGACAAUGGUGGGCACCACUGUGGAUGGGCCCAAGGACUGAGCUGGCACUGGGACCAGCGGGCCCUGGGACUGGUGGGCACUGGGAUGGCAGCGCAGGAGUCCCCAGAGGCGAUGCCAAGGCAGCGCCAGGCCAGAAGUGCUGGGGCACCCGUCCCUCCUGUCCUCCACCCCACACAGCCCCAGCUCCCAGUUAUUCCCCGAUUCCCACCAGCAUUCCCAAACCUCGGGAACACGCCGUGCCAGGCCGGCAGCAACCCACAUCCUGCGGGCACUGGGACGAGCAGCCGCACCGCACCGUGCCAUGAAUUAUUGAGGCAGGUGGAGCAUCGCCCUGGCCCUGCGCCACCUUCCUCCUUCCACGGGUGGGACGGGCAGCUCCGAUUUCUCCCAAGCCGCGGCGGGGCCCGCAGACCUUUGGACCAUGACGUGGGAGCCGGGAAGCCCUUAAGAGGCGGUGCGGGCGCGCGGGGGAGGCAGCCGCGCCCGCAGCCAUGAGCGUCCCCAUCGCCAAGUCCUUCUACGACCUGAGCGCCACCUCCCUGCACGGGGAAAAGGUGGAUUUCGGCGUUUUCCGGGGCCGCGUGGUCCUGAUAGAAAACGUGGCGUCGCUCUGAGGCACCACGGUGCGGGAUUACACCCAGCUCAACCAGCUCCAAGCCCGCUACCCCCGGCGGCUGGUCGUGCUGGGCUUCCCCUGUAAUCAGUUUGGCUACCAGGAGAACGGCACCAACGAGGAGAUCCUCAACACCCUGAAGCACGUGCGGCCCGGGGGCGGCUUUGAACCCAACUUCACCCUGUUCCAGAAGUGCCAGGUGAACGGCAGCGACACCCACCCCGUGUUCGCCUACCUCAAGGCUCACCUGCCCGCGCCAGCCGACGAGGCUGCACACCUGAUGUCCGAGCCCCGCUUUGUCACCUGGAGCCCCGUGCGGCGCUCCGACAUCUCCUGGAAUUUCGAGAAGUUCCUAGUGGGGCCCGAGGGGGAGCCGUUCCGGCGCUACAGCCCCCGCGUGCCCACGGCGCAGCUGGAGCCCGACAUCCAGCGCCUCCUCAAGCUGGCCAAGUAACCCCAGCUCCGGCACGGCCCCGGCUCCGAUGUGAUCCCAGCUCUGCGGUCACCCUGGGGUGGCCCCAGCUCUCCGCAGGGUGACAGCCCCCUCUGAAACCGCCGUGGGGAGGGGGCUCGAUAGGGGCGGAGGGUUGGAGCCUCUGGGGCGGCACGGGCUGGGGGC